AGAUUGGGGGUUUAAAUCGAAAUAAGAGAAACCUUCGUCCCCUUAUUCUGUGUGUAACGGCGACAGUCCUGAGAGCAAAAGCUGCGGCUCGGCGAGACGGCGACGGUGGGUUUUCUUUCUUACCGGAGGGAAUUGAUAGGUGAGGAAGAUGGAGUUUUGUCCGACAUGUGGGAACUUGCUGCGUUACGAGGGUGGUGGCAAUUCCAGAUUCUUCUGUUCCACUUGUCCAUACGUCGCCUACAUCGAAAGACAUGUGGAGAUAAAGAAGAAGCAACUUCUGGUUAAGAAGGCCAUUGAACCUGUUGUGUCUAAAGAAGAUAUACCGACAGAAGCCGAAACCGAAGCUCCAUGCCCGAGGUGCGGCCACGACAAGGCAUACUUCAAAUCAAUGCAGAUUCGUUCAGCUGAUGAGCCAGAAUCAAGAUUUUAUAGAUGCUUGAAGUGCGAGUUCACUUGGCGUGAAGAAUGAUAAUGAUGAUCAUUAUUCAACCUCUGUGCUUAUUUAAAAACCUUCUUUUUUUUUUACAUAUGCUAUCUUCUUUCAGUCUGUUUUACCUCAUUGGCAAUGCUGCUGAAGAUCCUCUGCUUUCGCGCAUUCUUUUUUUUUGGCAAUCGGAAUAUUACAUAAAUUUCGACUAUGAAAAGUUUUGAUCUUUUUGGAAGUAAAA